CGUGUGGUGUGUUGUUGACAUCAUCUGAUCAUACAUGUAGUCCACGUCAUUGUUCAUGACCUCUGUGUAUAGUGAACUGCAGAUAGCUCGUCAGGCCUUGCUUUAUAAGAAAAGAUUGCAGUUUGUGGAGAUUAUUUUUUAGUAGGAGUUUGUGGCUCGAUCGUGCAGGAAGGUUUGUGGAGUUUUUUUGCUCGAAAGACACCUUUUGCUGUUUGCAUCGGUAAUGCAUCAAAAAGGACGCAGCGAUAACAGACGUAGCCGUUCCUUCAGUCGUACAAGACAAGCCAUCCAUUCAGCGUGACAGACGGCUGAUACAAGACCAAAGAUUCAAUAUGAAUAACGAACAAAUGACCAACUCCUUAAACGGGGAGAGCCAGCACGAGACUCGCCGUCAGAUGGAACAUUUCUGGAGCGACCACUCGAAGGAUGGCACGCUGGAGGAGAUGAUGCUAGACACCCAAGCUAAGACGCUGUCCAUUCAGGAACAACCGGAGAUUCUGUCGCUCUUACCGUCUGUCAAGGGAAUGAAGGUGUUGGAGCUUGGCGCUGGCAUCGGACGUUUCACCGGAGUACUUGCAGAGGAAGCUGAUUACGUUACUGCUGUUGACUUCAUGGAGAAGUUCAUUGACAAGAAUAAAGAGACCCAUGGCAACAAGAACAACGUUGAGUUUAUCCACGCUGACGUCACUGCGUUGGAUUUCCCGCCAGAAAGCUUUGAUGUGAUCUUCUCUAAUUGGUUGAUGAUGUACCUAACGGAUGAGGAGGUGAUACAACUUGCUGCUAAGACGCUCUCCUGGCUCACCAAAGACGGAUUCUUGUUUUUCAGAGAAUCUUGCUUUUAUCAGUCAGGGAACAAGAAGAGGGACUUCAAUCCGACUGUUUACCGUAACCCAGCCUACUACAACGCUGUGUUUCAAGGCACAGUGACCGGAGAACAUAAUGCCGACAAUGCCGGUGCUGGAUUUGAGCUUAUCUUUAGCAGGAGUGUCCAGUGUUACAUCAAGCUGAAAAACAACCAGAACCAGUUCUGUUGGCUAAUGCAGAAGACUAGGCUGGACAUGGACGCAAACCAUGGCUUCCAGACGUUCCAAAAGUUCCUGGACAAUCAGCAGUAUACCAGAGAUGGAAUCCUAAGAUAUGAGAAGAUCUUCGGAGACGGGUAUGUCAGCACUGGAGGAGCUCGGACGACUGAGGGGUUUGUGGCCAUGCUUGACCUUAAACCCGGUCUGCGGGUCUUAGACGUUGGAGCUGGAAUCGGAGGUGGAGACUUCUACAUGGCAGAGAAGUAUGGCGUGGCUGUAGUCGGGAUGGAUUUAUCCAGUAACAUGAUUGAGAUUGCCAUGGACAGGGCUAGAGCUCACAAAGGUCUCGAGGUACAAUUUGAGAUAGCAGAUGUGACCAAGCGUGACUACAAACCAGAGUCAUUUGACGUCAUCUACAGCAGGGAUACCAUUCUUCACAUCGCUGAUAAGAAAACUCUCUUUACUAAAUUCUUGACAUGGUUGAAGCCUGGAGGAAAGCUCCUCAUAUCGGACUACUGCUGUGGUGAUUUGCCUCACACUGAAACCUUCAAGAUGUACGUUGCUCAGCGUGGUUACACUCUGUGUACCCCAGAACAAUACGGAAAGCUGCUCGAAGAAGCUGGUUUCGUGAGUGUGAACGCAGAGGAUCGAACCUGGCAAUUCAUUGAGGCCUUGGAAGGAGAGAAAACCAGAGUCGAGAACAACAAAGAGGAAUUCAUGAAGGAUUUCAGCGAGGAUGAUUUCAAGUACUUGAUUGACGGAUGGACCAACAAGCUGAUUCGGACCAAAGCUGGGGACCAGAAAUGGGGACUCUUCUUAGCUAAGAAGAACAAGGCCAAGGAAACUUAAGUCACGAAGAAUCAUCUUGAAGGUCACCUCAAGGUGCAGGAGGAUAGAUGGUGCCAUUUGUACAAAUGAUUUAGUUUCCAGGUUUUAAAACCGAAGGAGGCAUCGUUAUACAAGUUUUUCAGAAAGAACUUUUUGAAGAGUUUUAAUUGAAAAAUCUUAGAGUAAAUUAUGUAUUAUCAUCAAAGUUUGUUUUGUUAUGGAGAUUAAGAACUAGAUAUGUUACGUGGUAACUGUCUAGAUAAGCUUCAAACGUUUAGUCACGCGGACAACAUUGACAAUAGGACUGUGCAAGUUUCGAAAAAGAAUAAACAACUCGUAUGAAUGUAACUUUUUUAUAUCAUUUAGGUCCCGGAAGUUCGAAUACACGCAGGACUCGCACAGUUUAUAGUCAAAGACCACACUUUAUUUGACACAACAACACUUGAAAUAAACCAUCGAAAGUUUACACUUACACGGUCAUCGGAGCAGAAAACAUUAAAAAAUCUUAUGUUUUGUGGGCGAUCAUAACUAAUUGUUUUCGCCAUAAUACACAAAUAGCAUUUCAAACGUUAACUGUGUACACAAAAAUAUACUUUUAAUUGUCUUCAUACCAUUCUAAAUUAAUUUCCCUGCUUAAAAGUAGGUCAGAAAAGAGCCUUUUUUUUUUUUUUUUUUUUUUUUACAUGUGCACGGUGGGUUAUUUGUGUUUUAUUUUUUGACACGUUUUAAAACGUACACGACCAAAAACUUACUAAGAUAUUUGUAACCGAAUCAAGCUGUGGUGUUGAUAUAGUUGAUGGAUGGUGAUGAUGUUUUUUUUUUACAAUGACGAUUCAAACAAAUAAAUAAAAGGUAAUAAAAAAAACCACAAUGGUAUUAUGAGAUAAGUCAGAUGAACAGGAGUCGACUAUAUGGGGAUUGUGCUUUCCACUCGAAUACCGGUAAUGAAAAUCAGCUAUUAUCAGAUUAAAGAGAAUUAUUCUACUCUUGCCACACGUAAAAGGUCAGUUGGGAUUCAAUUUUUAUGCAUGGGGGAUAACAAAAUAUUUGAGUUUGUUUAACAGUUUCAAACUUCAUGCUGUUAUUUUGAUGUAUUCGAAUAUGAUUAAGGUUGUUAUGCAUACAGAUGUAUGAACAAUAAA